GGGAGUAUAAUUUACAUAAAACAACUAGUACCAACGUACGUGCAUAUAUUCAAUCUUGCGGUGCAACAGCUCGUGGAGAUUGGAUAUGUGGGCGCAAAAAAGUAAUGGUAAUGGCGAAAGGAGGGAAUCAAGAAACACAAACCCGGCGUUGUUGGCGGUGGCCAUACACAAGGACAAAAAGAACAGCCACCAUGCCCUCAAAUGGGCAAUUGAUAAUCUCUUGCAGAAAGGCCAAACCGUCGUUCUCCUACAUGUAAAAGCCAAACCCAACUCCAAUCCACCUCGGUCGAACCAAUUGCCUGAAAGCUGUGGUGAUUUACCGUAUGUAUGUAAAGAUCCCGAUCCUCAAACCAGGGAACUUUUCCUUCCCUUCCGUUGCUUCUGUACUCGUAAGGAUAUACAAUGCAAAGAUGUUGUUCUGGAGGAGAAUGACGUAGCUAAAGCGCUGAUUGAAUAUGCCACUCAUGCUGUGAUCGAGGUUUUGAUCAUCGGUGCCUCCACAAGAGCAAGUUUUCUUAGUCGAUUUAAAGCACCGGAUAUCACAGGAACCAUAUCGAAAAAUGCACCAGACUUUUGUAAUGUUUAUGUGAUAUCCAAAAACAAAAUUUCAUCCAUGCGAUCGGCUUCUCAUCCUGCUCCACCCGUCUCCCCAUUGCGUAGUCAAAUUCUUAACCAAUCGAAACCGACUCCUCCUCCUUCUCCUCCUCCCGAGCCGCAAAUCGUGCCGGCUGCAGCUAAUGCCUUCAGAGGUGAGAAGUGGCGAGCGGAACCGCUGCGUCAAUCUACCGAUUCCAAAGAUUGUAUCAGGUCACCUUUUGGCAGGAAAGGCAUAAACAAACUAUUUCCUGCACUCCCUAGUCCUACGCCGGAUUCAGAUAUAUCCUUCGUGAGCUCUGGUAGACCGAGCACCGUUGGUACCCUUCCCGAAUCAUUUGAUUACCAAGAUUCAAGCCGCACCAGCACUGGUCCAAGACUGUCCAACCUUUCAGAUUAUGAAAGUUAUCUUAGGUUUGAGUCGCUGCCGUGUGGAUCGAACUCAAUGGAUCUGAGCUCUCCACUUGAUUUCCCAUCAGCUUCGCCGGACAGACAUUCAAACUUCUCUGGAUCAACGGAUGAUGUGGAAGCUGAAAUGAGGAGGCUAAAACUGGAGCUCAAGCAAACAAUGGAAAUGUAUAGUACUGCCUGCAAAGAAGCACUCACAGCAAAACAAAAGGCAAAAGAACUCCAGCUUUGGAAAAUGGAAGAGGAACGGAGAUUGGAAGAGGCACGACUUGCCAAGGAAGCUGCAUUAGUAAUAGCAGAACAGGAGAAAGCUAAGUCGAGAGCGGCAUUGGAAGCGGCUGAAGCGGCUAGGAGAAUUGCGGAACUUGAAUCACAAAAAAGAGUGAACGCAGAAAUGAAAGUUGUCAAGGAACAAGCAGAAAAGAAGAAGGCACUUGACGCACUAGCAAGUACAGAUUUCAGGUACAGGAAGUACACAAUAGAGGAAGUCGAAGCUGCCACCGAGUUCUUCUCGGAGGCUCUCAAGAUAGGCGAAGGCGGUUAUGGUCCCGUGUUUAAAGGUCAUCUAGACCAUACUCUCGUUGCAAUUAAGGUUUUACGCCCGGACGCGGCUCAAGGAAGGUCUCAAUUUCAGAGAGAGGUAGAGGUUUUAAGCUGCAUACGACAUCCCAACAUGGUCCUCUUAUUGGGAGCGUGCCCGGAGUAUGGAUGCCUAGUGUACGAGUUCAUGGCCUACGGGAGCUUAGAGGACCGCCUCUUCAGGAGAGGAAACACUCCAACCCUCUCUUGGCAGCUCAGGUUCAGAAUUGCAGCAGAAAUCGGAACAGCCUUGCUGUUCCUCCACCAAACUAAACCCGAACCAAUCGUCCACCGUGACCUGAAACCAGCCAAUAUCUUAAUUGACCGCAACUUUGUGAGCAAGAUCAGUGAUGUUGGGUUGGCUAGGCUAGUACCUCCGUCCGUCGCCGACAGCGUAACACAGUAUUGGAUGACCGCCACUGCAGGAACUUUCUGCUACAUAGAUCCCGAAUACCAGCAAACAGGCAUGCUGGGAGUAAAGUCUGAUGUAUACUCCUUUGGGAUCAUGCUUCUACAAAUAAUAUCAGCAAAACCACCAAUGGGAUUGGCUCACCAUAUGCAAAGGGCUAUUGAGGAGGGGACCUUUGAUCAAAUGCUGGAUCCAACUAUCCAUGAUUGGCCGGUUCAAGAUGCCUUGAGCUUCGCAAAGAUUGCACUUAGCUGUGCAGAGCUAAGGAGGAAAGAUAGGCCCGAUCUCGGCAAAGUGGUGUUGCCGGAACUCAACCGAUUGAGAUUGCUUGUUGAAGAAGCUAUGCUCUCAACUAUGAAAGAUGGUAGUCCAGGAGACUCCCCUAGCUAUAGCCAAGCUUCCCUACGACUAGUAAGUUGA